GUUUUGUGGUUGUCACCUGUCACAAAAAGCAAAAAAGACUGGUGGUACUGGUGGUAGUGGAUAGUGGUGGUGUUUACUUCGCCACUAUCAAGGUAUCAAGUUCGUUGUGUUUUCGAUACUUAAGUAAUUAUAUAGCAAAAAGGCCGAUUUUUGGGGUGAACUAUAACAAUUCAAGAUGUAUGAGCAAGAUGAAGAUCAAUUUGAUGAUGAAGAUACUGAAGAAAUUAGCGCAGAACUCUGGCAAGAAGCUUGCUGGAUUGUUAUUAAUGCUUAUUUUGAUGAGAAAGGUUUAGUUAGGCAACAGUUGGAUAGCUUUGAUGAAUUCAUUCAGAUGUCUGUGCAGCGAAUAGUGGAGGAUUCGCCACAGAUAGAUCUGCAGGCUGAAGCUCAACAUACAUCUGGAGAAAUAGAAAAUCCACCCAGGUACCUUCUAAAAUUUGAGCAGAUAUACCUGUCUAAACCAACUCAUUGGGAGAAAGAUGGUGCUCCCUCACCCAUGAUGCCUAAUGAAGCUCGCUUAAGAAAUUUGACCUAUUCAGCACCACUAUAUGUUGAUAUUACCAAAACAAUUGUAAAAGAAGGGGAAGAUCCAGUGGAAACUCAGCAUCAGAAAACAUUCAUUGGAAAAAUCCCAAUUAUGUUAAGGUCAACUUAUUGCCUUCUAAGUGGCUUAACUGAUCGUGAUCUUACUGAGUUGAAUGAGUGUCCUUUGGAUCCAGGUGGCUAUUUCAUUAUUAACGGUUCAGAAAAAGUACUGAUCGCACAGGAAAAAAUGGCGACCAAUACUGUAUAUGUAUUCUCAAUGAAAGAUGGAAAGUAUGCAUAUAAAUCUGAAAUUCGAUCAUGUUUAGAGCACAGUUCAAGACCAACAUCAACACUAUGGGUGAAUAUGAUGGCGAAGGGUGGCCAGGCUAUCAAAAAAGCUGCAAUUGGUCAACGUAUAAUUGCUAUAUUGCCUUACAUCAAGCAAGAAAUUCCAAUAAUGAUAGUAUUCAGAGCUUUAGGAUUCGUCGCAGACAGAGAUAUUCUAGAACAUAUAAUUUAUGACUUUGAUGAUCCAGAGCUGAUGGAAAUGGUAAAACCAUCACUCGAUGAGGCAUUUGUAAUUCAAGAACAAACAGUAGCACUGAAUUUCAUUGGUUCAAGAGGUGCGAGACCUGGUGUUACAAAAGAGAAGCGUGUUAAAUAUGCUAGAGAAAUUUUGCAGAAGGAAAUGUUGCCACAUGUUGGUGUAUCAGAUUUUUGUGAGACAAAGAAAGCUUAUUUCUUAGGUUAUAUGGUACAUAGAUUACUCCUGGCUGCAUUAGGUCGACGAGAACUGGACGACAGAGAUCAUUAUGGCAACAAGAGAUUGGAUUUGGCAGGUCCACUGCUAGCAUUCCUCUUUAGAGGUCUUUUCAAGAACCUGAUGAAAGAGGUUCGUCUUUACGCCCAGAAAUUUAUCGAUCGAGGCAAGGACUUCAAUCUCGAUUUGGCUAUCAAGACAAAGUUAAUUACUGACGGUCUCCGAUAUUCUUUGGCCACUGGUAAUUGGGGAGACCAGAAAAAAGCCCAUCAAGCAAGAGCUGGUGUAUCUCAGGUGUUGAACAGAUUGACAUUCGCGUCUACAUUGUCUCAUCUCAGGCGUGUUAACUCGCCUAUAGGUCGAGAUGGUAAACUUGCAAAACCUCGUCAAUUGCACAACACUCUGUGGGGCAUGAUAUGCCCUGCCGAGACCCCAGAGGGCGCAGCUGUCGGUUUAGUAAAGAAUCUCGCACUUAUGGCGUAUAUCUCAGUGGGGUCACAGCCAUCGCCUAUCUUGGAGUUUUUGGAAGAAUGGUCCAUGGAAAAUUUGGAGGAAAUCGCGCCUUCUGCCAUCGCCAAUGCUACCAAAAUAUUCGUCAAUGGAUGUUGGGUGGGUAUCCAUCGCGACCCAGAGCAAUUGAUGGCAACUUUGAGAAAGCUGCGUCGUCAGAUGGACAUUAUAGUGUCAGAAGUGUCAAUGAUCCGAGAUAUCAGGGACAGAGAAAUUAGGAUAUACACGGACGCAGGUAGAAUAUGUAGGCCGUUGCUGAUUGUUGAGAAUGGACAAUUGCUUCUGAAGAAAAGACACGUUGAUAUGCUCAAGGAGAGAGAGUACAAUAAUUAUGGCUGGCAGGUUUUGGUCGCUCAAGGUGUAGUAGAAUACAUCGAUACUCUAGAAGAAGAAACAGUGAUGAUUGCAAUGAAUCCUGAGGAUCUCAGGCAGGAGAAAGAGUAUGCAUAUUGUACAACAUACACACACUGUGAGAUUCACCCUGCCAUGAUAUUGGGUGUAUGUGCUUCAAUUAUUCCCUUCCCAGAUCACAACCAGAGUCCUAGGAAUACUUAUCAAAGUGCUAUGGGUAAACAAGCUAUGGGUGUAUACAUUACAAAUUUCCAUGUCCGGAUGGACACUCUAGCUCAUGUGUUAUACUAUCCACAUAAACCACUGGUUACCACACGUUCUAUGGAAUAUUUGCGGUUCAGAGAACUGCCUGCUGGAAUCAAUAGUAUCGUCGCUAUCGCUUGUUAUACGGGAUACAACCAGGAAGAUUCUGUUAUUUUGAACGCAUCUGCUGUGGAACGAGGAUUCUUCAGAUCGGUGUUUUACCGUUCUUACAAAGAUGCAGAAUCAAAACGUAUUGGUGACCAGGAAGAACAGUUUGAAAAACCGACUAGACAAACGUGCCAAGGCAUGAGAAAUGCGUUGUAUGAUAAAUUGGAUGAUGAUGGUAUCAUAUCUCCAGGUAUUCGAGUUUCUGGAGAUGAUGUAGUUAUUGGAAAGACUAUGACGUUGCCUGAAAAUGACGAUGAGCUGGAUGGAACAACAAAACGAUACACUAAGCGCGAUGCAUCAACUUUCUUGCGUAACAGUGAAACGGGUGUUGUUGAUCAAGUUAUGUUAACGCUGAACUCGGAAGGAUACAAGUUUUGUAAGAUCAGGGUCAGAUCCGUGAGAAUUCCGCAGAUUGGAGAUAAGUUUGCCUCUAGGCACGGACAAAAAGGAACAUGUGGCAUACAGUACAGACAAGAGGAUAUGAUAUUCAGCUGCGAGGGAAUGACUCCUGACAUCAUUAUCAAUCCUCAUGCCAUCCCAUCUCGUAUGACAAUUGGUCACUUGAUUGAAUGUAUCCAAGGAAAGGUAUCUUCAAAUAAGGGUGAAAUUGGUGAUGCAACUCCUUUCAAUGAUGCCGUGAAUGUGCAAAAAAUCAGUACAUUGCUACAAGAGUAUGGCUACCACCUUAGAGGGAACGAAGUAAUGUACAAUGGACACACAGGCAGAAAGAUUAAUGCUCAGAUUUUCUUUGGUCCAACUUACUAUCAGAGAUUGAAGCACAUGGUGGACGACAAGAUCCACUCAAGAGCGAGAGGACCAGUUCAAAUUCUAGUACGACAACCUAUGGAAGGUCGUGCCAGAGAUGGUGGACUUCGUUUUGGAGAGAUGGAACGAGAUUGUCAAAUUUCUCACGGAGCUGCGCAAUUUUUAAGAGAAAGAUUAUUUGAGGUCUCCGAUCCAUACAGGAUUCAUGUGUGCAACUUCUGUGGUUUGAUAGCCAUAGCUAACAUGAGGAAUAACACUUUUGAAUGUAAAGGAUGUAAGAAUAAAACACAAAUAUCUCAAGUAAGGUUGCCAUAUGCAGCUAAACUGUUGUUCCAAGAGCUGAUGUCUAUGAAUAUUGCUCCAAGGUUAAUGGUACUGUAAAUAAGUGAUUUUAUUAGAAUAGGAGGUAUAAGUUAUGUACUUUCAUAAAACUCUGUAUGGUAGCAGUUGAAUAUGUUAUUCAAGCAGAAAUAUGUAAACAAGUUCAUUUUAAACAUUUUAGCUAUUAUGUUGAGAUUUGAGAUAAAUGUUUUUAUUUAAAUUUGUAAUUAUAAAUUUCUAUUUUGAGCAACAAUAAAAUGAGUUUUUACAAA